AGGAAACCGGAAAAAAAUCAUCUCACAAUGUAUCGCUCUUUGUGUCUUCUUACUUACGAUCAUCAUUUAAACGACAUAUACAUGUAUUUAUAAUGGAUUACCUAUUACUACUGGGGAGCCUUUUCUAUUCUGUGUCAGGCAGGACAAGUGUAACUCCAGAGAUUUCAACAACUGUCCUCUCGGAGUUUCCAAAAACAAAAUCAGAAACAACCACAAGUUCUCCAGAUGAAGACAGUGCAUUAACAACAGGUAGCAUAGGCAGGACAAGUGUACAUGUAUCUCCCGAGAUUUCAACAACUGUCUUCUUUGAGUUUCCAGAAAGAAAAUCAGAACCAACCACGCGUUUUCCAGAUCACGGCAAUACAGUAACAGCAGGAAAAUCCACACCGGAAGACUGUAGAUUGCCGGGCUUCUUAUACAGAGGAAAACAACGUGUAACAAAGUCAGGGAUACUGUGUCAAAGAUGGGAUGUGCAGAGCCCACAUGAACAUAAUUAUUUCAUAUUUAGACUUGCACAGGAGAACUACUGUAGAAACUUUGACAGAGAAGAACCAUGGUGUUUCACUAGUAACUCAAGUGUUCGUUGGGAACUUUGCGGUGUGGACAUUUGCUCUUCACCAUGUCUAAACACAUCGUUUGAUACUCAAAAAAUAGCAUCUCAGUGUGUUGUUGCUGAACCAACCGGUACUGAAUUUUGCAGUCGCUUCUGGAGAAUUGUUGGAUGUCUGAAGGAUAACAUUGAAGUUUCUACGGAUAUCCCAUGUUCUGGGAUUGAGUUAAAAUCCAUUGCUUUGCAACGACAGGACAUGUUAGAAAGGUUAAUGGGAAGGUCAAUCUCUCAAUGUAUUAAAGCUCCGUGCACAGAUCCACGUUUGGCAACUAUUGUAGGACUAGUCCAGUACGCAAACCCUUGCAAUCUACAAUAUCCCCUACAGAGGUCAACCCUAGAUACAUUAUGCAGCAAUUUUCAUCGUGUUGCAAAUUGUGUGGUUUCAAAAAUUAAUGAUGAAACGAAUUCUACUUGUCUGACAAAGGAUAAAGUAUCAUCGGCAAGACAAUUUGCAGCCUUAUUACCACAAGAUGCCGCCAAUGUUAGCCUUUGUAUAUCGAAAAUAUCUGAGUUUCCAGUGUCAAAAGAAGAUUCUCCAGAUUCACCUAGCGUAGUCCAGCAGGACAUGACAGGGAAAUUAGAUCAGACACAGUUGUUUAUUUUAAUAGGAUCUACAAUUGUUGUUCUUUUCGCUGGCAUCCUGGUUUUUACCGUGAUAAUAACGAGAAAAAUGCUCUUGAAAAAAAGACGCAGUGAACUCUUGCGCCUUCCUGCUAUUCCGAGAACAGAACCUAGUCCAUAUGAAACCAAAAUGACCUUCUCGAAUGAUCCGUACAAUGAUCCCAAUUAUGAUUUUGUUGAAGAACAAGACGACAAUUAUGAACAUUUGCCUGAACCAAGGGAAGAAAACGAAACUACAACUGACAAGGAGCGAAUGAAUGUUGCUUCUUACUUGGAUCCUACAAACCUAGAUGAUACUUAUCUAGAAGUAAUGCAUUCCUCAAAUGAAAAAAGUUAUGAGUUGAUAAAUGAUUCCGUUGAAAGUACGACUACAAGGGAAAAGAACGAAACUCCAAUUGACAAAGAGCGAAUGAGUGAAGCUUCUUACUUGGAUCCUAUAAAUCCGGAGAGUAACUACAUGUAUCUUAAAGUAAUGCAGUCUUCAAAUGAUGAAAGUAAUAGGAAUGUCAAUCCCUACACAGAGUUGAUAAAGGAUUCCGUUGAAAGUACGGAUAGAACGCAAGUUAAUGAUGACGUGCAAGAAAAUUAAGAAUGCAGUAGCAAUGCAUCAGGAAACUGAUGAUUUGAAGAAAUACUGAAACCAAAGUUUACUUUGGCUGAAAUUAUUAAAAAGGACAUUUUUUUAUUUAUUGGUGUAAUACUCCUUAUUAAAGUUAAUGGUUUUCAAAACGAACUAAGAUGUAAAUGAGAAAAAGGUAAUUAAAAAAAAAACAUCAAUAUGUUUGGCCAAAAAAAGAAAGCGUUGAAAAGGAAACUUUUUAGGGAAUAACUAUCUUCUAAUUUUGCGACAGUUAAAUCAGCAUUAAUGGUCGCAAAUACCAAAUUAGAAGAUCAGUUACUCCCAUUCUAAUGCAAUUCAUGUAUUUUGUUUUAUGUCUUCAAAUGCUCGGCAGGCUCACCGCAGCUAGUUUUUGCUUAGUUUGCUCAAGUUUAACUCAAACACAUUCACAGAGAUGAAUAAUGCCAUUUAUUUAAAUGAAAAUAUAAAGAAAAUACUUUAUACAAAAGAAUGGGGAUCAGACUCACAAGCACCGAUUGAAUUACGUAAAAUAUGAAAAAUGUCUGAUCCCCCGAAAAAUGACUAGAAAAAAUUCCUAUAAAACAAUAAGAUCAAUCAUUUUAAGAAAAAUAUAGCAAAAAGAUGGCACAUCAAAACAAAAGGGGUGACACAUCAAAACCCUUAAUACAGUUUAUCAAAAUGCAAGAGGUAGGAUUGAAGGUGCGGUGGUGGGUCUUCAAAAUAUACGUGAUUCCAAAAUUACUGUGGACAGUGCGGGAAUAAAAAAUACAAGUGAUCCGCUCAGCUGUCCACGUGGUCCUAGCCCGCUAAUCAUUGGCUGAAAUUUCGCAUACCAUCGGCAUAAAAUCCCAGCCUGCAAUAUAUAUUACAUAACCCAUCACACGCAUAUAAAUACAACGUAUAUGAUACAUAAACAACGCAUUUAAUACAUAAAUUCAAUUACAAUCAUAAUUGUUGUUUUAUGUCU